AUGUUAACUUCGUUCCUCCCCUUCUCGAAAUUAACCUUUGCAGAAAACAUCUCUGACUGGCUGUCUUAUCUUAAAACGGACAACCCUUUAGUAGCCAGUCACUGGCGGCGUAGGUCUCGUCCUCUUGUAGCAGUUCUCCUCUCACCAUGUUUUCAGAACCGUGGCAUCGGGCGUGCUAUCUGUGCUGCACUGGCUCAGCAGUUCCCAGGCCCCUUGAUUCUGUACGCAGCCUCCCGUGCCGGGGGUUUUAUCGACUUGACUGGCCUGUCUAAUCCCCCAGCCGUGCAAAUUCGCCCAGUUCAGCUGUCCCUCACCGACAAGGCCAGUAUCACCGCCCUCAGCACGAUGGUCAGCAACGAACACAGAAGCUGUGACGUUCUCAUCAACAAUGCCGGGCUCUACUAUUUCCAGGAGAAUGUCACCGCCGCACAGCGUCAAGAGUCUCUCGACGUGAACUACCGCGGCACCCUCAAUGUCUGUCAAGCCUUCUUACCAAUCAUGUGCAAGAGCGGCCGCACCAUCAACGUCUCCUCCCAAUCCGGCCAACUCAAAUACUUCCAUCCUCGUUUGCAGGCGCAAUUCUUGAAGCCCGAUCUCACCCUCACCGAGCUGGACGCUCUGGUAGGCGAGUACAGCGGCUCAGCAGACCAGAACACUGCGACUGCGUUGGGCUGGCCCCCUUUAGCCUACUUCACAAGCAAGGCCGCUCUGAACGCCGCAACGCGGAUUCUGGCCCGCCAAAAUCCCCAUCUGCUGAUUAAUUGCUGCUGUCCUGGGUGGGUCAGCACGCCGCUGGGUGCGCAGGCAGGUCAGCCGCCCAAUUCUGUUGAGGAAGGGGCGAGGAUUCCGCUGCAACCGGCGGUUGGUGAUAUCGGACAGGUUAUUGGGCGGUACUGGGCGAAUGAUUCGGUGGCGAGUACAGGCAAUGGGGCGGUUCGGGAUUGGUAG